GUUCUCUAAACAUUUUUAUUUCCUUGUUUUCGCUAAACUUUACAUUACCCUCUAAUUGAAGAAAUAUUUUCUGGAUUUUUAAAUUCGACUAAAUUAAUUUCUCUGUAAGAACUGGACACUGAAACAACUGAAUUCAAAAACUAUCAGAAUCACUGGCUCGCUCUACCAACGGAGAACGAAGAUGUUUGUGCUGGCUAUCUUCGCUCUGACCUUGACAUUGGCAUCUGCGACUCUGGAGGCCAACUGGCUCAUCUUCAAGGCCAAGCACAACAAGACGUACUCGUCUUUCGAAGACGGGUACCGUCGUUACAUCUGGCAGACGAACCGGAAGAAGAUCGAGGAACAUAACAAGCUGUAUAGGCUAGGGAUCAAAAGCUUUUAUCUGCAGGAGAAUAAAUAUGCUGAUAUGACCAGCGAAGAGUUCACCAAAACUAUGAACCGUCUCCGGAUCACAGUGGAACCCGGUAACCUCACCACAGGUUCAUUCAAGCUCGACCUGCCGUCGUCAGUCGACUGGCGACAGAAAGGCGUGGUCACCGGUGUCAAAGAUCAAGGUGAUUGCGGGUCAUGCUGGGCUUUCUCCACGACCGGGUCAAUCGAAGGUCAACAUGCCCUGGCCACUGGCAAACUCGUUAGCCUGUCCGAAUCUAAUUUAGUUGAUUGCUCGACAGAAAACGAUGGAUGCGAAGGUGGAUGGAUGUCGAAAGCUUUUGCUUACGUCAUCCAUAAUAACGGUAUUGAUAGAGAGGCCAGCUAUCCUUAUACGCCAAAGCAAGGUACCUGCGCUUUUUCAAGCGCGGCAAUGGGGGCAAAAAUCAGCUCCUACAAAACUAUCCUAAGGGGCAGCGAGCUUGCUUUACAACAGGCUGUGGCUGGGGUCGGGCCCAUCAGCGUUGCUAUAGACGCCAGUCACCAGUCCUUCCAGCUGUAUGGUGGAGGUGUGUACUCAGAGCCUGCGUGCUCCAGCACAUCACUCGAUCAUGGGGUGCUGGCAGUGGGUUAUGGAACAGAUGGCGCUAAGGACUACUGGAUUGUCAAAAACAGCUGGGGUGUAUCUUGGGGACUGAGCGGCUACAUCAAGAUGAUCAGAAAUAAGAACAACAAUUGUGGGAUAGCCUCAUAUGCUCUGUACCCCAUCGUAUAAAGAACAUGAGAAUCCAUCUCGUUAAAAUAGUUUGUUCACUUUUCCUAAAUCUUUACCCCUUAUAUUGCUAAAAAAUCACAAUACUAAAUCCUUACCCCCUGAGCUAACCUUGCUAUCACACACAAACCUUUGCUUUCCUAUUAAUCAGAAAUCUAUUUUGCUUUAUUUAAAACUUUCUGUGACGUAGCUUAUUGCAGAAUUAUUUACAUGAUACAAUUACAAUGGUACCGUUAAGCCAAAUGCACCUAUUUGUUAGUUAUAUAUUUAUUUCAUUAAAAAAGGAAUUUAUCUA